CCACCGGUUGAGAUCAUUCAACACUUAGAGCCGCUGGCUGUCUGAACAGAUUGUGGGAUACAGAUCGACGAUCGACACCUUCCCCAAACAGACGAUGGACAUCCCCCUCGGGCUCAGGAGAAGCCACGCGAGCGUCGGAUGAGUGAAAUCAGAGAUGCUGCGCACUUCGGCCAAAACCCCAGAGCAUUUUUGAACAGGACUGUGGGUGUGUGCGCGUCGGGCUCGCCGUUACCUCCGGACUGCACUCGCCAACUUCCCCCGCUUUCCAUCAAGUCAUGUCUGAUACAGAGCGAUGGGCAAGUUUGACGACAACGAGAGGAUAAUCCUCAACGUCGGGGGCACCAGGCACGAGACCUACAAAACCACCCUGAAGACCCUUCCGGGGACGCGCCUGGCCCUGCUCGCCUCCGACUCGGACAUUGACUCCGUGCUGGAUCAGCUGCAACAAGUCCCCGGCUUCAUCGAGUACAACGCGCGGACCAACGAGUACUUCUUCGACCGUCACCCGGGCGUGUUCGCCUACGUGCUCAACUACUACCGCACCGGGAAGCUCCACUGCCCGGCGGAUGUGUGCGGACCGCUGUUCGAGGAGGAGCUCUCCUUCUGGGGCAUCGAUGAGACGGACGUGGAGCCCUGCUGCUGGAUGACAUACCGGCAGCACCGGGACGCGGAAGAGGCUCUGGACGUGUUCGAGCUCAACGUGGACACCGGGGAGGAUGACGACGAGAUAGGGAAGAGGCUCGGUAUUGAGGAUGUGGCUGCCGACGGUAAUGUGAGCCUGUGGAGGAAGUGGCAGCCGGUGGUGUGGAAUCUAUUCGAGGAUCCGUACUCCUCCAGGGCGGCGAGGUUUAUAGCCUUUGCAUCGUUGUUCUUCAUCCUGGUCUCCAUUACAACCUUCUGCUUGGAGACUCACGAGGCUUUCAACACCAUCAUCAACAAGACUGAGAUGAUGCGGAACAGCAGCGUGCCGGACUCAGGCCCACAGUAUGAGAUCGAAACUGACCCUGCGCUCACCUACGUGGAGGGCGUUUGCGUCUUCUGGUUCACCAUCGAGUUCCUGGUGCGUGUGACCUUCUGUCCAGUCAAGCUGGAGUUUAUUAAAAGCGUUCUCAACAUCAUCGACUUCGUGGCCAUCCUGCCUUUCUACUUGGAGGUAGGGCUGAGUGGCCUUUCUUCAAAGGCUGCCAAGGAUGUGUUGGGUUUCCUCAGGGUGGUGCGCUUUGUUCGUAUCCUUCGUAUCUUCAAGCUAACGCGUCAUUUUGUGGGGCUAAGGGUGCUGGGGCAUACAUUACGGGCAAGCACCAAUGAAUUCCUGCUGCUCAUCAUCUUCCUGGCAUUGGGAGUGUUAAUUUUUGCCACCAUGAUCUACUACGCCGAACGAAUCGGCGCUAAUCCCAAAGACCCCACUAGUAGCAUCCACACCAAGUUCAAGAACAUUCCCAUCGGCUUCUGGUGGGCCGUGGUAACCAUGACCACACUGGGCUAUGGCGACAUGUAUCCAGAGACCUGGUCGGGCAUGGUAGUGGGUGCAUUGUGCGCCUUGGCAGGUGUGCUGACGAUAGCCAUGCCUGUGCCCGUUAUUGUCAAUAACUUUGGGAUGUACUAUUCUCUGGCCAUGGCCAAGCAGAAGUUGCCCAAGAAGAGGAAGAAACACAUUCCUCAGGUGGUGCAAGGAGGGUCCCCAAUCUACUGCAAAGGUGAUCUCAACACCACCUGCAACAGCACUCAAGGUGACCUGUGCCACGUCAAAGGGAGCAGGGUACUAGAACGCAACCGCUCAGUUCUGUCAGCAGACUGCAGUGGGGGCAGUGACCUGACCAUGUCUCCAGAGGAGAGGGUCCCCAUGCGAAGGUCCAGCACCCGAGAACAUGACCGCCGGAGUGGGGGGACGUGUUUCCUGCUCGCUGCUAGUGACUACACCUGCCCUGCAGACGGAGGGAUGCGAAAAACAGGCUAUGAGAAAUCCCGGAGCUUAAACAACAUAGCGGGCAUGGCUGGUAACGCCCUGAGGUUGUCUCCCGUGACCUCGCCCUACGGAUCGCCCUGCCCGCUGCGGCGCUCUCGCUCCCCUAUCCCCUCCAUCCUGUGAGAUGUGCAGCCCCGGGCCACUUUGGUCCAAACCAGCCCACAUCCUUCCCCCGAAACACUCCACCUCCCUUUGGUAUUCUAUCUGAACUCUGUUCUAUAUAUUGUGACUAGUGGAUAAGUACUUAACUUUGUAGCUAAGACUAAUGUUAGUGGCUUGGGCAACCUGAGCAACCCUUUUCCUUGAAGUUCGAUGUGCUUAGCUAACAUCCUUAAAAUCAGUUCCCCUGUGUGUCUUGGAGUUCCCUUUAGUUCGAUAUUGUGAGACUUGCAAUAAAAAGAACUCUGACUGGUGGCUUUAGAGUUAGCAGCCAUAACAUUUAAUAAAGGACACAUGAAUAAUCAGGGAUAUUAGAUGUUGCUAUAUUUAGAUACCUUGAAAAAGACGUGCUUCCAAAAAAAGAAAGAGAGAUGUCACUUCAUUUUAACCUCACACAACUGUGACUUUGUCUUUGGUUUGCUACUUUAUUUUUGGGACGGAGACGGAAGGAUUUCAGGACUAUGUCUCGACUCACACAAGCACACGUCUGUCACUCUUCACCCACUGCUGGGCCUGCUCAUGUUUUUGCAUGGCUCAUCCUGUAACCAUCGUCUGCAGACAGCGAAGAGCUCAUGGAAACAUACAUUUGAGGGAGUAUUUUUUUUAAUGUAUUAUUUUGGGGUUUAGAUGGGGGUUCACUCAACUUGUGUCUCAUUUUGCCAUCAGCUUCACCAACAAUCCACCCAGGAGACUGAAAACCCCAAACACCAGCCGGGUGUUCGUUUCUCUCUGCAUGUGGGUUUCUUCUCACCUGUCUGCUGCUAUUUCCGAUUAACUUUCUCCCCACCUCUUUUGUGUUUUGUUUUCUUUGAUGGAGUGCCACCAAAGCUGUUGUGUCUCUGGUUGUUCUGCUCACAGAUAACUGCAAAGAGGUUGUCUUUACUGGUUUCACACAAGCAGAGAGCAGCGUUCUAUCUUAAUGGCUUGAGGGGAAGGCACCGUCAUAGUGGAAAGGUAACCUUCUGAACAGGUGUGAGGGUCAGGUUGCAGUGUGGAACCCUCUCACCCCUUUGGUCCUGAAUUAAGUUUGUGUUUUUGUGUGUUUGUUCUAAAAAUGGGGGUUAUUCAAUAAUCCUAAAAGGAAAUAACUGUAUGUGGUUGCAGGUAAACAUGCACUCUUGAUAGCACUUUUAAAGGUGCUGCUUGUAGUAUUUUAAUCAAUGGAUCAAUGGAAAUGACCACAUGAUAUUGAGACCUACAUAUAAUUAGGCAAAAAAAAAAGCAUUUUGCAUCACUUGCCACCAGAUUUGGUUGGAUAUUUGCACAUUUUAACUCCAAGAGCAGAUUUGUUUGCUGCAUAAAAAACCCUGAUACACAACUUUUUCUGUUUGCUUUGUUAAAUCACACAGUUUCACUAUAUAUCAGCCAUCACCAAGGGCUAUGAACCGCUCUCAAAUCCCCAAACCACUAACCUGAAUUCCCUUACAAGAGAUCUCACAUCAGAUCUCAGAGUUUCCCACACAUCAUUUGUUUGUGGCAGCCUACCACGAUUUAAAAAUCUGCCACCAUGUAUUAUUUUUAGUUUUCAUUAGAAGCAUUAUUGGAGUGUACAUACCGUUCAGAUAUUCAUUGCUCCACACUCUCGGAAUGCAGAGCGUACCCUGGGCACACAUGGAGCAGCAGAACAUUUGAUGCAGUGAAAGUGAAACUUAACUUCAUUCUGCUGCGUCUAAAAGUUUUAAUUCACUCACAGCAGCUGUUUCCCUCAUUUAACAAUCUGAUCUAAUCCAUUUUCUAACCAGGGAGUCACAAACUGCUGUUGAAGGAAAAACAAGCACUCAUGGAGAGUUCUGCCUUUGCUGCAUUUACAGAUCCGCAAAAAAAAUCUGAAAUUAGAGAUGACACAGAAAUAAAUGACGGGACCCACACAAAGAAAGUUUGCUUUCAGGCCAUCCAUUGUCAGCUACCGCACCACCAACACUCUAAUUCUGUGGGAAACACUGAGAUCUGAUAUUAAACUGAAGCAGCCUUUGCUUUGUUAUCCAUCCAUUCACUAUAUUUCAUAAACUGCCUGUGUGCACCAACAGGUGUAAGACAGCACACACAACCAUGCAGCGACGUGCCUCACCCAUCCCUACAGUAUGUCUAUACCAGUAGCAGAUGGUUGCUUAGCAACUGGCUCACAGCUAGAUGCAUCUUACACAUAGCUCGGCAAAAAGUCAAACAAUUAAAAAAAGGAGCUCUUGCAAACAUUUCUCUCUGUCUGUCUGCACGCCGAAUUACUGAAUCACCCCCCACUGCAAUAUACGACCACGCUUUUUCUAACGAACAGCACCAUCGAUGUGUACCAUGUUGUCAUUUUUGGUGCAUGGUUCUGAAAUGAUGCUCAUCAAAGACAGAAUAUGCAUUUCUGAUAUUUAGAGAUGUGUUUAUAUUUUAUUUAGACGAUUCAAUUCCUAUUUGAAUGACGCUGGGAUAAGUCAUCAGUGUGUGGACCUAUUGCAGUGGGAGGACCCCCAUUUGGAGCCAUAAGGCCACUCCUACGAGACAAUAUGGACGAGGAGGCACGCAGAGACUAUUGACAGACAGCCGCCCAAGCCAGUGGCUCAGCGCGCAGGAACAGAAGAUACAAAUGUAAUCCGGGAAGGACUUUAACAAGCAUUUACCUUUUCUUCAGUUCUCUUUUAGUUUUCCUGUUUUGUGGAGAAAAAAAAGGAAACUGGACAUGUCCUUAAAAGAGACUCCUGUAUAGAUAUCGCUCCUGUAAAUAAGACGACGACACAGCACAUCUGGGCCAAGCGGCUCCAUCCAUGCAUCUGUCUUUUGAUGGCGAGUCAGGUAACAAGGCCACGCCGUGACACUCACUUUUCUUGCUGUGGUAUCCCUCCUCGCAAUAAGUGUAUUAAGAUGUAUCAGUUGAGGCACUUUGUGUUCUAAAAAUGGAGUGUAUUCAUAUAUGAACUUCUACAUACAGUAUAUACAGUAUAGAGAGACAAACGUGCUAAGUUGAAUCAAUGUUGGUCAUCUCUGCUUUUGUUUCCCUUGGUAAUUUUCAGUAGGUUAAUUGCUCUGCCGUGUGUUAAUGUGUGUGUGUGUGUGUAUCCGUAAACACCAGGGUUAAGAUCUGCAGUUUGAAAGGCCAGGUCAGAGUGGAUGUGAUGCUGUCACUCUUCCAGUUAGGUUUUAGCACAAACACGAAUGAGACAGAGUUCCCCUGUGAUGCAGUCGCCGUUAUAGAAGCCCCGCCCCCCUCCUGCCAAGCACAGAAACAUGCAACUACCCUGCGUUUGUGCUGCAGAUUUUUCUACUCUCACAAACCAAACCACUGAACGAUUCCUCAGAACUCCUGGUGGCUAAACAAACAAACAAACAAAAAAAACUGCAUAACUUGAUUCUUCCAAACUUUUCCCCUGUGUGGGGGUGGAGCAAAAGUGUAGCAGAAGUUUACCAAGUUAUAAAGCAGGACUUCUAGAACGGCUAUAUCUGCGCAGUAGCAACCCCUGUGAACCCCAAACAAUCAGAUCGGAUUUGCAAUAAGCACCCGAAAACAAAACGCGCCGUCCACACUGUGAUUUCAGAUUUAAAACAACAAGGAAACAAAGAAAGCUGAUAGAGAGGGACUGGCAGGUGGCACAACUCAGUUGUGACCUGCACAGUUGUUGGCUAGCCGUCACCCUGUACCCACAAUCCUCCUCGUGUAGUACACACGCUGCUUUACUCUUUGAAUUGACAAAGGGGUACCGUUCUUUGUGUAUUUUUUGGAUGAUGUUGUAACUUGAGGAAAAAAAAAAAAGGUGUUUAUUUUUUUGACUCC